AUGCCCGCAUCUUCGAAAUGCCCGCCAGUCAGCGUCACUUACGUCAUCAUCACGGCCAGGGCUGCAAGCCCGUUUAUAAUGGGUAUAACCGUGAUAUACAUCCAGUCAGAAGGCAAGUUUGUCAUCAGCGGUAUACCGGAAGACGACGACGCCGGAACCUGCCUAGGACUUGAGGGGAAGCUUGGCGCACCCACAUGGGAAGUUGUGAGUCUGAGGCCAGACCUGGACUGCAUUCAGCGUGACGGGGAGUUCCUGUACUCCGACCCGAUUUCCACUGACCGCUUCGAUUGUCGAUACUGUCGGGACAAAGUGUGCAGUUCCUCGUCUUUUGUUGACAUCGUACCUAUACCGACUCCUGAGCCCAACGGUCCAACCGAUAGUAAAGUGGUGGUCAUAGUCGCGGUGAGCGUGUCUGCUGGUAUUUUCUUUCUGACAUUGGCCAUUGCAAUGUGUUACUUCUGCAAGUGCUUCAGCUGUGGCAAGGUCAGCCCUCGGAAUGAGUUGAGAAGGAAUGGACCACAACCAAAUCCGUCAGUUGCGGUUUUCAACCCUUCGUGCGACGAACCUCCAAGCUACGUGCAAGCAGCUGAAUUGGAUGUUAAUGCUGGCAAAAAUGAUGAUGAGCCCCCACCAGCGUACGAUGAUUGUGCAUCAUCUAACGCAGCCCUGCAGGCCACAGAUGAAAACGAAGAACAAGUCUAAUUUCCUAUUGGACCGUGCAUGGAGCAAGGGAAGCACACGAGGAUGCAAGAUUAGUACCGUUUUGGUUAAAAAGAGAAGGGUUAGCAUUUUGUUUGCCCUUAUUAAGAAGAGAAUUAAUUACAUUCCAAGUACCUUUAAUGUUGCAUUUUACCUCAUUAAAUUUUUAAUGGAGAUAACUUUAUGUGGAAAAUUAAAUAAGAGAGUUUAGGUUAUAUUUGUAGCAGGUAUAGACAGAUUUAUUGUGCGAAGUAGGUUUCUUCCUGAAUUUUCUAUACAAAUAAUUUUUACACCUAACUGAAUGGUAAAUACCGUCAGUUAACCAAGUGGAUUUGAGUUUAUCAUGACGGCAUUUUACCUCGUGUAACAUGUAACAGAAAUGUAUUGAACAUACUAUGAAUAUCAUUUGAUGACGUUAUUUCAUCCCAUUCAGUAUCAUUCAAGUCAUGAAUAUAAUUGUCAAUAUUAUUGUGGUUAAAGUCACGCUUUUUACAUGUGCGAUCAGGUUACUCUCUUUCUUUAUUUAAGGUUUCCAAUUACUAAAAAUACAGGAAGAUGGUCACUGAUAUCGGUCACCAAAACACCGGCAGGAUGAGUUUGAUAAACACUGGUAAAAAUAUUAUCAAUAAGAGUUGCACUUUCCGUAGAAAUCCUGGUUGGUAGCAUAGAAAGAAUGAGAUAAUAAGGUAUCCAUGAAGCUUUGAACGCUAUUAUCAGUAUCACAUUUCAUUAAGUUGAUAUUAGAAUCGCUCAUAAUGUAACACGAUUUAUUCUCAUUAUCUAUUUGUGAUAAUAUUGUAUCAACACUUUCAAUAAAGUCAUUACAUGUCACACAAGGAGGUUUAUAAACAAUUCCAACGAUGAUAUUCGCUUUACCUGCGUUAACAAGUUCAAUCAAACAUGAUUCAAUAUCAGAAUUAGUAAGACAUAAGUCAGUGCGAUUUGUAUACGCUAGGUCAGGUUUCAUAUAUAGUGCAACACCACCACCUCUUUUGUUUUGUCUACAGUUACCUUCAAUAGUGUAAUGAGGUAUUUGUAUAGGGAGUCAUGUAUAUCCUUUAACCAGGUUUCAGAUAUUCCAAUAACUGCAAAACUAUUUUGUAAUAUAUUUAAAUAUUGAACAAUGCUUGAAAUGUUUCUUGGUAGACUACGAGCAUUAAAAUGCAGCAGCUUAAUAUCAUUGCUAUUGUUAAAAUUAUCUAAAAACCCAUCUUCAUUAUAAAAUUACAGUUAUUGUAACGAAUAUCAAAAUGUACACUUGAUCUAUGUCGGAAUGCAUUAACAUUAAUGGCUGAUUAAUAACGCAUCAUUCACUCACCAAUAUUUGGAGGACCCAUCUUUGCCAGUUGAAUGAACCAAAUGUAUUCUUCAUGGUUUGUCUCACACCAGUACACAAAGCAAAAACACAGAAAACACACAAGUAACGGAACUGCAUUAUAAUAUUAAUCACCAAGUGAGGCGUGGGUUUCGGGCUUCUCCCCCAAGACGGUAUGAUCUGAAGGGCCCAUCACGUAUCUUGUAUCGGAUAUUGCUGGAACAGACCACGGGAUAAAUGCGAAGUGGACCCUCUCUUGGUUCUGGAAACGCCGUAGAUGGGUUUCUCUUAGAUCCUUCCGUUUGGGAUCUUACUUUUGGUGUGACAUCAUCUGUGAUGAAUAUAUUUUUGCCCUUGAACUUAUUGUUCUUGAGGUGCUUGGCUGCAUUUUUUCAGUAUGUACUGGCGAUCGCUGUAGCGGAGAAGGCGACAGUGGAUUGGCCGUGGUCGCGGUUAGUGAGUUCAGCAGAUGGGCCAUAUGGAACGCCAAAGCCGCCUUCUAUAGUUCGAUUUCAUUCCAUAAUCAAUUUCAUCA